AUGCUAAACGUACCUGCCUCAGUGUGUUUCAGUCAGAAUAUAAGUUCCCCUGAUGUCAGCAAGGCCAAGAGUGCUUUGGGAAGCAAGAUGGAUCCCAGGGAGCUCCUUCUGAAGCCUGAGGUUGACCAGGACUUCUGUACAGUCGACUUGGAACAACAUGGGGGUUGGGAAUGCAGACCCUCUUGCACGGUGGGAAAUCCAGUAUUACUUUACAGUCGACCUUACGUGUCGUAUGGUUCUUAUCUGUGGAUCCAACCAACCACAGAUUGUGUAGUAGUGUGGUACAUGUUGAUUAAAAAAAUAAUACAUGUGUAA